UUACUUCUCACUUUUACAGGAUUACUUCUUUACCUAGGUUUACAUAUUCUCUCGAUAUGGGGAAUACGGAGUCGGUAGACUAUUCAAUAGAUGAUGAUGAAAUUACGCCGCAACCUCCUCCUUAUGCUGGGCAUUCUGUGGACCACUAUUAUCAGAACACACGGCAGCAAUCCUCUUACAUACCAGAUAGUUUCAGCUCUCACACACGGCAGCAACCUUCUUACAUACCAGAUAGUUUCAGCUCUCACACACGGCAGCAAUCCUCUUACAUACCAGAUAGUUUCAGCUCUCUAGAUGAGGUUAUUUCUGCAUUAAGAGAAGCUGGUCUUGAGUCAUCAAAUUUAAUCCUUGGUAUUGACUUUACAAAGAGCAAUGAAUGGACAGGUAAGUAUUCAUUCAAUAGGAAAAGCCUCCAUGCAAUUGGUGGCACACCUAAUCCAUAUGAGCAAGCUAUAUCUAUAAUUGGCCGCACAUUGUCUCCUUUUGAUGAGGAUAAUUUGAUACCUUGUUUUGGAUUUGGUGAUGCAUCAACACAUGAUAAGAAUGUGUUCAGCUUCUUUCCUAAUCACCGAUCUUGUAAUGGUUUCGAGGAGGCUCUUGCAAGAUAUAAAGAGAUUGUUGCUUAUUUAAAAUUGUCAGGUCCAACCUCUUUUGCACCAAUUAUUGAUGCAUCAAUUGAUAUAGUGGAGAGAAGCAAUGGGCAAUAUCACGUCCUAGUCAUCAUUGCUGAUGGGCAGGUUACAAGGAGUGAUGAUUUGCCACCUGGAAGAUUUAGUCCGCAGGAACAAGAAACUAUAAAUUCUAUAGUUGAAGCUAGCAAAUAUCCUCUCUCGAUUAUUUUGGUUGGUGUGGGCGAUGGACCAUGGGAUGCAAUGCAACAAUUUGAUGAUAACAUUCCUCAACGGUCAUUUGAUAACUUCCAGUUUGUAAACUUCACAAAGAUCAUGUCUGAGAACAAGGAAAUGUCAAAGAAAGAAACAGCCUUUGCACUUGCAGCCCUCAUGGAAAUUCCAUUUCAGUAUAAGGCCACGCAAAAACUCAGGAUUGUGGAAAGUGGAAGAGGAGGGCCACGUACACAACCACUUCCCCCUCCACGUGAAGUGAUCCAGCAUGAUAAUGCAGUUAGAACAUACCCACACAUGACAAGUUCCCAGUCAGUUGAGCAUGCAACCUUCACAGAGCAGGACUGCCCUAUAUGCUUGACAAACCCAAAGGACAUGGCAUUUGGAUGUGGUCAUCUGACGUGCAAGGACUGUGGCGUAAGCUUAUCAUUGUGCCCAAUAUGUCGUGAGCCAAUAAUGACGCGUGUGAGACUGUAUUCUUGAGAAAAUUCUCGUCAGCUGCUGCAUGCUUGGAAACUUGUUGCUGAAAUG